CGCCAUCAGGUGUGCCACCAGCCGCUCAAGCUAUGCAUUUUCCCGAUUCCAAAGUUACGGUGACCUGGUUACUUUCAAAAGGUUCCUGGGCAAGAAAACCCAAAGGCAAGCUCUUCUUUAUGGCCUAAAAGUCCACCUUAUAGUGUGACUGCAUGCCAGGACCACUGGGCAUCAUGCAUCAUGUGAUCUGUCUGUACAUGACGGCAUGGUCCUUCAAAACCUAUCAGCGUUGGUGGAGGGAUGAUACGGUUUGUGGUUAAGUUCACAAAGAUAUCCCUACCAUCCAAGCCAGUGGCUGGAACAAGCGGAGGGGGAAAAUCUUGACCAGACACUGGCAAAAAGAUGCAUCAAGACUGUGCAAAGGAUUUCCGAGGCAUCAGAAGAUCUUGAUCAGCUAACUAAAGAGUUUUCAAUACAGGAAGACAUUGUCCAGCCAUCAGUGUCUGAUGUUAAAGAGAGAGUGGGCUGCAGUCAACAGGAAGACCGAAGGCCACAGUGAGUGGCUGCACUCUCCAGGAGAGGAAGGGCGCAGAGAUCCUACUGUACAGUCAAGAACUAAAGGAAACAGAAAAGGCAAAGGAAUGAGCAAGAAUCAGAACGAAGUGAAGAAAAUCCAGUCCAUUUACCUGCAAAACCUGGAGAAACUAAAUCAAGGGAAACGGCCAGACAAGAAGAGCUGGAAACCUAAUGAAGGAGACUUAACUGUGUCAACAGCUAUGGAAAAACUCAGACAGCCUCCAACUGCUGCGCAAGUUGCCAAAAGCUCGGCAAACAGAAUCAGCAGAGAUCUGACCUGCUCCAUCUGUCUGGACCUUUUCAAGCAGCCCGUCUCUUUGCCCUGCGAUCACACCUUCUGCAGAGGAUGCAUUGAGGGUUACUGGGAAGGACCGAGGAGUCCCAGUCAGGGAGGCUCAGGCUCCUGUCCUCAGUGCAGGAAGAUGUACCCGGGGCAGAGCUACAGACCCAAUCGCAUUGUUGCCAACAUAGUGGAGAGUUACUGUCACGGUCUGGAGGAGAGCGGCACUGGAGCCUGUUUGGCAGAUGUCGGGGUGGCAGAGAGGGCUCCUGCACCGGUGCGCCCACGCUGCAGCAGGCACAGGGAGGAGCUGAAGCUGUACUGUGAGGAAGACCAGGAGCUGGUGUGUCUGGUGUGUGGUCUAUCCCAGGAGCACCGAAAUCACAGCAUGAUGUGUGUCCAGGAUGCUGACAAAAAGUACAGGGCGUCUCUGAACAGCUCCAUGGAUUCCUUGAAAGCAGAACUCAACACAGCUUUGCAGUGUGACAGAGAAGCUGAAGAGGAGGUCAAAAAGCUCAAAGAUCACACAGCGGAUCUGAAGCAGCGCAUCGAAGCCCAGUUCAGUGACCUUCACCAGUUUCUGUACCAAGAGGAGAAGCUGCUGCAGGUGAAGCUGAAGACCGAGGAGCGAAGGGAGCUGAUCCGUCUGGACGAGCACAAAGCCCUGCUGUGCGUGGAGAUCUCCCGUCUGCAAAGGGCCGUCCAGGAGAUUGAGGACAAACUGAAAGAGCAAGACCCAUUCACCCUGCUCCGAGGGAUCAAAGCUGUGCUCCAGAGACCCUCCCUGAAGUUUGAGAAACCUGUAUUCAUACCACCCAGUCUGUGUGAGGGUCGCUUUGCAGGGCCUCUGCAAUACAGAGUGUGGAAAUCCAUGAAGGGAAGCAUUUAUCCAGCUCCAGCUGCCAUCACGUUUAACUCCAGCACAGCCAACCCCUGGCUCAGCCUGACCUCGUCCCUCACCUGUGUUCGCUACCAGACCUUCAACCACGCCGUGCAGGACAACCCCAACCGCUUCAAUGCCGCCCUGUCGCUGCUGGGAAGCCAGAGCUUCACUCACGGCCGUCACUACUGGGAGAUUGAAGUUUACAGCAGCACUGUCUGGACGGUCGGGGUGGCCCGGGAGUCAGUGCCCCGGAAGGGGGUCAUCAAAGCUCUCCCGGCCAACGGCUUUUGGACGCUCUCCCUGUCUUAUGGGGUUCAGUACAUGGCAGGUACGUCCCCACCAACCGUCCUGUCCCUGGAGGAGCCGCUAGCCCGGAUCGGAGUGUACCUGGACUACAAGAGAGGCCUGGUGUCUUUCUACAACGCAGAGAGCAUGACACACCUGUACACCUUCAGGGAGACGUUCACAGAGACUCUGUACCCCUACUUCAACCUGGGCUUCCUGGACAAAGUGCACGAAAAUGAGCCUCUAAAAGUUUUCCUGCCAAAGAUCUAAAGACAGACAGUGAUGAAGGAGUGUGUGUCCAAAGCCUUGCAGCACUCAUCUCAAUAUGACAACCUUAAAGAAUCUGUGACGUGUUUGUUUGCUGGUUCAAAUUUCAGUGAUUAAGGAAAGAUGUUUAAUGAAGAAAGCAUGUUUUGUUCCGGUGUUCACAUUUUAUCCAAUGCUCUUUUUGGCUUUUUCUGCUGUAUUCAGUUCCCUCCCAAAACAGCACUCUGCCAGUGACCGGUCAGCUGGAAAAAACUGUGGAAUGUGGGGCAGCCGCUCAUUGUUGGUCUGAGCAGAGCAAAAACAGCUGCUUGGCAGACGCAGAGUAAAUGUGCAAUCAAUGUUGUGGAUGAGGAAAUAUUUUCCACUGAGUGAUGUAAAUAACUGUUUGACAUACAUAUCACGCAUGAUCACCACUAGCCAAAGAAAAUAGAGAAACGGAUUGUGGUAUUUUUUCUGUGAAAGGAACUGUGACGUUUUGAUCUUUUUACUUCCUAUGAUAGAUGACAUGAUGGGUUUUUUUGUUUUCCCUCGUGGAUAAAAAGCCUGAUGCAUUUUGAAUGGAAGAUUCAUGUUUGCACAAUACUGUUUUAGCCUUGUGUUUGUUGUUUUUAUGUAAAUAAAAGGAAAAGGAAAAUAAAACUGUUUUCUCCUCUUGUA